AUGCUGACGCAGAGCAAGACAGUCCUCGACGCAAUCGUGCCAGCGGUCAAUCCGAUCAAACCUGAAUUCAUCGUCCACGGCGGUGACUUCCUCUGUGGCGGUAGUUCGUUCGAUCUGCCAUGGACGACCUACCUGCAAUCGAUUGAGGAUGUUGCGACAACUUUUGCCGACUUUGAGGCACCGAUGUACUGUAUCCCCGGCAAUCACGACUCCGACGCACAACAGGGGUCUUUUGAAGCGUUUGCGGAAAGAUUCGACAUCCCUGAAACACUCACGGUCGUUGACGCUGCCCCACGCCUUCGCCUCGCGCUCGCUAACAUCUAUCACCAAUGCGACCCAAUCGAAGAUGGCAGCGGUGUUUGGACCGAUACCCUCGACAAUGCCCUCCGUGAGGAAGCAGAAAAAGCCUAUGAAGAAGGGCACGCGAUGUUGUUGUUUCUCCAUGCAUGGGCACUCCCAAGCCAUGAAGAGGGAAAGGGAACCCUCGACGGUGCAGAUCGGUUGUUGAAAACCGUGAAGGAGAGUCCCGCCAUCGUCGCGCUUUUCACGGGGCAUCGGCAUACCAACCGUAUUCGGAUGUAUCGUGAUUUCCUCACUGUUGACACCGCAUGUCUGAUCGGUUUCCCAAUGGGGUUUCGGGAGGUUCAACUUCGGGACAACGGAUAUUUCGAGACGCGAUUUCAUCAACUCCCGCUACCAGCACUUAUCCAAGAAUCGUACGAUAAAUCCAGUGCUGAGACGAAUAACGGCUGGAAUGGCGAAAUCCAUGACCGGAAUACGGAAAUCCUCUUGCCGAGACUCAGAGAGAUUUGGCGUUAG